AUGAUUGGGUAUAAAAGCAAAAUGGAUUGUGACUGGCUACUUUUUGCCAAACAUUGUAAGAGAUUUAAAAAGAGCAGAUUCACAUGUCCAACAAUUGACCAGGGCAAGAAGGAGAUAUGCAGGGCAGAAUUUUCAUAUCAGGAUUUGUGUCAUGCAGCUCAGUUACCUUCCAAACAAAAGGAACUAUUUGAAGAGAAACUAGCUGCACUAACUGCAGCAAAGUUUUGUAAAUAUAAAGAUUGUCCAGGAUGCCAGUCCUAUGUGGAGAGAGCUGAUAUGAGGAACUUAUGUGUGCUCUGCACCAUCUGCACUGCCCAAAAUGGAUGCAGAUAUGAGUUCUGCUGGAAAUGCAAGAGGAAAUGGAGGGGACCCGUACACAAUGAUGAACGCUGUGGCUACAGUGACUGUGAAGAAAAAGAGAUAAAGAAAAUUCAGACGGAACAGAUAUAUGCAACAAAAGAGAAGUCCAGUGAUAGAAAGCGAGUGGCACUUAUCAUCAACAAUGUGAAGUUCAAAAACUGCUUGUAUAAUCGGACAGGAGCAGAGAAGGACGAAGCGAGUAUGGCCAUCCUGCUGGAGGGAUUAGGUUAUAAUGUAAUCAUACUUAAUGACCUGUGUUCAGAGGGAAUGGAAGCUGCCUUAAGAGACUUUUCACAACGUAGUGAACACAUAUAUUCAGACAGCACAUUUGUUGUUGUGAUGUCCCAUGGUGGACCUGAUGGGAUUAAUGGCAUUAAUGAUGAUGAAACAGAAAGGGACAUUUUCCCAGUUGACAAGAUCUUUUACUACCUAAACUCUAAGAACUGCCCCAGACUAACAGACAAGCCGAAAAUCAUUCUUAUUCAGGCCUGCAGAGGAGGCUCCAGUAAAGGAACAAAGCAACACCGAGAGAAAGAUUUUGGCUGUCUCAGAUCAUGCACACCAGACACUGUAUCCAGCAGAAAUCCUGCCUCUGGUUCAAUUUUUAUUCAAAGUCUUGUGAAAAUCUUCAAUGAACACGCUCAUGAGGAUGACAUCAUGGAACUGUUCAGAAAGGAUGCAUUUUGGUUUGAAGAAGCAGCCAAGAAAGAUAUGUGUCCUUACCAAAUGCCAUGCUUGGAGAGAACUACUCUAGUAAAGAAGUUUUACAUAUGUGCAACAAUACGGGGUCAUCCGUAUUCAAAAUUCUCCAGACAUUCUGUAUUAGGGACAGGUCAGGACUGCAGGCAGGAUGCAUUUUGGUUUGAAGAAGCAGCCAAGCAAGAUAUGUGUCCUUACCAAAUGCCAUGCUUGGAGAGAACUACUCUAGUAAAGAAGUUUUACAUGUUUCCUGGACUUUAA